GCUCGCACACAAGCCGCGACUCACUCGCAUCCGAUCCGAACCACUAUUCGAACCGGUACGACAGUUUUUCUUUCCCACCGUCGAUCUCGAUAGCGCUUUCUUAUAUUUUUCCCGGGGGUUACUUUGCACCGAUUUAUCCGCUCCCUUCGCUAGUCCGCGCGGGAAUUUUGAACGUCGCGCCAAAAUUCGAGCUCGCCCGAAGGUAUCGUGCUGCUCCUUCGGAUUUUUUCAAAGACCAUGGCCCCAAAGGUCUACGUAGACUCGCCCAAGGUGAAGUACACCAAGGAGUGCAUAGAGGCCGAGUACGAGUACCACACGACCAAGGUCAGGCGACCCGACGACCAGCAUCCAGAGUACGUGGUCACCCCGGUCUCCUCGAACCUGAGGAUCCGCACCCAGCUGAACGUCCCGAAGCUGGGGGUGAUGCUUGUUGGCUGGGGCGGCAACAAUGGCUCGACGAUAACCGCGGCUCUUUUGGCGAACAAAUUGGGUCUCAGCUGGGAGACAAAAAACGGACUCAAGAAGGCCAAUUGGUUUGGUUCACUCACCCAGGCUUCUACCGUGAGGCUGGGGAGCGACGAGGAUGGGAAGGAUGCUUACGUCCCGUUGUCUUGGGUGCUGCCCAUGGUGGAACCCAACGACAUCGUCCUAGACGGCUGGGACAUCAACAGCGCCAACCUGGCCGACGCCAUGGAACGCGCUAAGGUCAUCGACAUUAAUCUGCAGAAGCAGCUCAAGCCUCACUUGGGACACCUGAAACCGAGGAAGAGCCUUUAUUAUUUCGACUUCAUCGCGGCCAAUCAGGAAACGCGCGCCAACAACGUGAUCGAAGGAUCCAAGGCGGAACAACUGCAGCGGAUCAGAGAAGACAUUGUAGAAUUCAAGUCCGUGAACAACUUAGACCGCGUUAUCGUCCUGUGGACGGCCAACACCGAGAGGUUUUCGGACGUGAUCGCCGGCGUCAACGAUACCGCGGAAAACCUCCUUAAGGCUAUCGACGAAAAUCAUUCCGAAAUAAGCCCCAGCACCAUGUUCGCCGUUGCGGCCGCUUUGGAGGGGUGUACUUAUUUAAAUGGCUCCCCACAAAACACCUUCGUACCGGGGGCGAUCAAGCUGGCCGAGAUCUGCAAGACCUUCAUCGGCGGCGACGACUUCAAGUCGGGUCAGACAAAAUUGAAGUCCGUCCUGGUGGACUUUCUGGUAUCGGCCGGCAUCAAGCCGGUGUCCAUCGUCAGCUACAAUCAUCUCGGCAACAACGACGGCUACAACCUCUCCGCUCCACAACAGUUUCGCUCGAAAGAGAUAUCGAAGAGCAACGUGGUGGACGACGUCGUGGAAUCCAAUAGAGUUCUCUAUCAGCCGGGCGAGAAACCCGAUCACUGUGUUGUCAUCAAAUACGUCCCGUAUGUCGGUGACAGCAAGCGAGCCCUCGACGAGUACACCUCGGAGAUCAUGCUGGGCGGAGUUAACACCAUCGUGGUGCACAACACCUGUGAGGACUCCCUCUUGGCCAGUCCCAUAAUACUCGACCUGGUCGUCCUGGCGGAACUCUGCUCCAGGAUCAGCUUUAAGAGAGCCGACGACGAAAGCGGGGAAUUCACGGAAUUUCACAGCGUACUUUCCAUACUCUCGUAUUUGUGCAAGGCGCCUUUGGUACCACCCGGCACGCCGGUCGUCAACGCGCUCUUCAAGCAGAGAGCCGCAAUCGAAAAUAUACUCAGGGCCUGUUUAGCGUUGCCACCCGAGAACAAUAUGCUGCUCGAGCAUAAAAUCAAUUGUCUUCAGCUCGUGUGAGGAGGGGACUUGUCGCCGAAGCGGGAGGGAAAAUACCGCGCCCGAGGGUUGACGCUUGGCGGACGCGAGGGUCCGAGUCUGCAGUGUCUUCAUCGAUGUCGAUUUCAAUAACUCCUCGUUGACCAGGCAUCCGAAGAAGCUCCCAGAAGUUUACAGAAGUACCCGCAGCAGAGGUUACAUCGGAACGGCGCCCUCGACUCGGAACGACGUCGCGGAUUUCCUAAGCACGAUCUCCAUACCUCGUUGGAACAACGAAUGUCUUUGUACUUGUAUUUUCGUCCUCCGAAUAAAAGAUUUUAGCAGAG